AAUCUAGUCUCCACAUAUAUACACACACAAUACGUACAGCAUAUAAACCCUUUUUUUAAACCCCAAUCACACAGAGACUUUCUCGGCGAUUUUUUCGGUCGCCGGAGAAAAUGUCGGAUCCGAAGCGCUUGGUGCCGCCGGCGAGCGGAAAGCUAUACAAGCAACAGUCAUGGUCGCCGAACUGGCAAGCGGAGGAAGUGUGGACGAAACUGAAGGCGAAUCAGCGCCGGAGUCGUCGACGGACCAAGAGCGUCACCGACGAUGACAUGACGGAAUUGAAGGCGUGUUUUGAGCUAGGAUUUGGAUUUGAGGGCGAUGAGAUUGAAGGUGAUCGGAGAUUAUCGGAUGUUUUUCCGGCGUUGGAGCUUUAUCGAGCGGUGAAUAAGAUGUCGAGAUCGUCAUCGUCGUCGUCGAUUGCGAGUUCGAGUUGCGAGUCGAUUGGGAGUGCUGAGAGUGUCAUUGAUCUAGAUGGUGGUCCAGAGGCAGUGAAGGCGAAACUGAAGCAGUGGGCACAGAUGGUUGCUUGUUCAGUGUUGCAAUCUCCACGAUCAAGCUAAAGUAUAAUGCUACAUUGGUUCAAAUUGAAGGUCUUAAAGUAGAAUUAACUUCUGUAGUUAAUUCUUGGUUUCUCAAAUUGAUUUUACAAACUUUGAAAUGCUUUGAUUUUAAUUUUUUGAACAUAGUUUGAAAAUUAUGGCACAUAUUUCUGUAGCACAUAUCAGUUUAAAUUACAGUUUGAAUAUUUCAAAUAUCAGGGAUUGAUUUUUUGGGAA